GGCCGGAGGCGCAUGACCCACCGCCAGAGAACGGCUUUACGCCGCUGGAUCACCCAGCACCCAGGCUGCUACCGCACAUUGACGGCUCCGUCCGGCCGUCUCUCGGGGGUUCGGGAAAGCACCAAGAAGCAGCUUGUGGUUCUGACGUGGAUACCUGCAUUAUUCAUCGGUGUUUAGCCAAUUAUCCGACUAUUUCCUACUGGCGCAACCCAAUGGCACAUGUGUACAGCCAUUUGCAACGCGAGUACUGGACUGUGGCGGCCACGCCGUGACCGUCACCGGUGGUGCGCCCGCGCUUCAUCUCAAAGGCAAUGGCACCCAGGAGGGACACGGCGACGGCAGCGCUAUGCUAUGCGCCUGCAAGGAGUGGAAGCUGGAGCUGCAGACGGGACUUAGUCAGAAUGUGGUUACCAAGUGGAAACUGGUGUGUGACUCGGCCUGGAAGGUGCAUAUUGCCAAGUUCUCUUUGUUGGUGGGCUCCAUAUUUGGCUACCUAGUGAUGGGUGUCAUGGCCGACUGGAUUGGUCGUCACCCAGUGUUGAUCCUCUCGGUGCUAUUCAUGCUGGUGUUUGGUCUGACUGUUGCCUUCUCUGUCAACGUCACCAUGUUCAGCACCUUGCGUUUCUUUGAAGGCUUCUGCUUGGCAGGUCUCGCUCUCUCCCUCUAUGUGCUCAGGAUCGAGCUUUGUUUGCCUGGCUGGCGGUUCUCCAUGACCAUGGUAGCCAGUUUUCUGAUGGUGGGCGGGCAGCUAUUGAUGCCAGGGGUAGCAGCUCUUUGCCGUCAUUGGCCAGACCGGGAUGACUGGCAGGUCCUUCAAAUUGUUAUAAUCAGCCCUUUCGUUCUGAUGCUACCCUACGUCUGGAUUUUUCCUGAAUCGUUACGCUGGUUGCUGGCCACCCAGCACUACAGCCGGUCUAAAGCCAUGAUGCUGCGCAUUGCCAGGAAAAACCAGGUUGACAUGACAACGGAGCCCAGUGGGGUUCUCACAGAGCUGGAGCAGGAGCUGCACAAGAAACCCCAGAGGACCUGCAUUGUCAAGAUGAUGAGUACAAGGAACCUGUGGAAAAACAUUGUGGUGCUCUGUGUCAACUCACUGACAGGUUAUGGAAUCCACCACUGCUUUGCCCGCAGUAUGAUGGACCCAGAGGCCCAGCCGACUGCAAUGUGCCACACAGACUAUUACACUAUGGCCGGCAUCGCUGUGGCAACCUGCCUGGCAUUGUGCCCGGCCGUGGGGUUGAUGGGUCGUCGUGGAGGUUUGCUCACUUUUAUGAUCAUCACUGCGCUGGCAUCGCUCCUACAGCUGGGUUUGCUCAACUUGAUUGGGAAGUACAGCCUCCGUCAUGACACAGAGCUGCGAGACACGCUGAACAGGAAAUUCUCCGUGGCCUUUUCCAUCAUUGGCAUGUUCUCCUCUCAUGCUGUUAGCACCCUCAGCAUUUUCUUUUGUGCUGAGAUCACUCCUACUGUCAUCAGGGGUGGAGGGCUGGGCCUGGUGCUGGCUAGCGCUGGCUUUGGUAUGCUCACUGCACCCAUCAUGGAACUCCACAACCAGAAGGGCUACUUCCUGCACCAUGUGAUCUUCGCCUGUUGCACCCUCCUGUGUAUCAUCUGUCUGCUGCUGCUGCCCGAGCCGCGGGGCCAGCCCCUGCCGGAGAGCCUGAUCGAUGGAGAGAGCUUCACCCGUCAGACCCUCCUCCACCCUGGAGAGCAGCACCUCCUUCUCACCAAGACUGACAGGGACUAUUCCCGCGUCCAUGACACGCCACUCCACCUCUCAGCCACUGGGGGCGCCACGGUGGCAGCGGCCACCGCUCUGGCAGCGGUGCCCGCUUCGUAUGCCCUAGCGACUGGCGGGGAGGUGCUCGGCAACCGUGCUAUAGCCAAUGGGGUUCAAGGGUCAUAGCAAUAGUGUACUACUGCUAUUAAUUUCUAGAGCAUUAAACUGACUGGGCGGUAAUAUGCUACUGAGCCUGUGAAAAACCCGCAGCAUUCUUUAUAGACAAAACCAAAAAGCACAAAAAACAUCAAAACACAGAACUGCUUAAAUGACCCAGAUGGAUACCUAUUAAAGGGCGAUAUAAUGACAGUAGUAACAGAUUUGUGUAGUUUGUGGUGACUGAUUCAGAGUUCAUUCAGGAUUUGCCAAAAAAAAAUCUUGUACUAGACUGAGUUUACCUCAAGUCAGUGUUUUAUUAAUAUAAAAAUGAAAGUUUUCAGCGGUGUUUAAGUAUAUUGCUUUCACUGUACUAGUUGUAUGCACUCUUCAGAGUGAUUUGCAGGCAAGAGUAGACAAGCUGACAGGAAAGGAAAGUAGAGCAAACAAGCUUUCAAUAAUGUGUGCUCAGAGUUUUCUCUUUUUGUAGUUUGACUUGUUGACAGGAUUUCUCUGCAUCUUACAAUUUUUUAAAAGAUUUUUUUUUUUUUUU